GAGAGAUCCAGAUUGCUCUGGCAUUUGAUCUGUUCCUGAUUCUUUUUCCCGACUCGUUUGAUUUUUUUUUUCCAUUUUAGAUCUUGAUCUGCCUGUUCGUGCGGUAGGUUUUGGACAUGACGAACUGCUAGUUCGUGCCCCAUUGUGUUCUGUGAUCCGGCUGGCAGCGGUUUCGUCAUUCGUUUCUCCAAACUGUUUUUUUUUCAAAAUUUAAGAAUUUUAUUUGAUUUCCCCAAUCCCCCAAACCACGCAAAACCAAUUCGCUCUUGCUAACGCACGCCGCGGAUUCAUCGUGACUCCGCAACCGCCGCCUCGUUGGCCGCGUGCGCCUUCUCGAGACGAAAAGGUGUAGAUUUUUUCGAUCCAGAGUGCCCCCAAGAGGAGCCCUAAUAACCGGUCUUCCGGGUGAGAGCUACGGGCUCGCCGCGAUGGACUUCGAUUACGUGCCCGCGACCCCCGGCAGCAGGUGGGCGGGCGAGUCGGCGGCGCGGCGGCGGCAGCGCCGCCUCUCUUCACCGUCGCUGAGGACCUACCUCACGCCGGCCUUCGACGCCGUCGCCGCUGGGGAUGGCGGCGUGUCCGGGUACUCCUCCUCGUCCUCGGGCGGGCUGGACCUCGGGUUCGACGCCUCGCUCCUCCGCUACCGCCGCGCCUGCUUCGCGGCGUCCGCGGACCUCGACAGCCGCGUCCUCCUCUACUCUCCGCAGUCGGCGCCGCCGCCGCCGCCGCCGCAGAUGAGGACGGCGUACCCGGCGGCGGAUGAUGGGGUUUGGGCGGCUGGUGGUGGCCGCUACGGCUCCAAGCGUGAGAUGGAGCUGCCUCAUGUUGCACAGGCUGGCAGGCUUGCUGCUGCGCCAGGUUUCCAGGAAUUCGACGACGGCAUUCCUUUCAUUUCUCCGCAUCAGGCAACUGCUGAUCAUCCUACUGCAGCAGCUCGAGGCCCCUCCAACUCCAUCAAGCUGCCUGCCGACCUCCGAUCACCAGAAGAUGGUGUCAUCCCGGCAACCAACGCAGAGUUUUCGACGCCGAAACCUGAAGCCCAGGCGUCAGCUGAACCUGCAGAGCCAACUGAGGAGGAAGUAGCUGAAGCUCUCUACAGUCACCACCGUGGUCACCGCAGGCUGCCCAUUUUCAGGGACAUCUGCCCUGAAUGAGCACAAGGCCAUCAUCCUCGAUAUGGAAAGUGAAUGGAGUCUCUUGGCCGUGUAUAUUCUGUGUACCUCUCUUGUGUUCAUAGGCCUGAGUAUGUAGCAGUAAUUUGUCUGCAGUCUGGAUGGUUAUUUCUAGUUUUUCCUUAGGGGAGAAUCUCUCUUCUCUUUGAGCGAGGAAAUUUAAAUUAUGCUAUACUUGAGUAGGUCGGCAAUUGACCCGUUUUGCUUGUCGUUGCUUGGAGGUGAAUCCUGGUAUGAAUUGGUAGAUGAGUCUGCAGCCAUUUUCCUCUCGUUGAUCGGCUGAUGUAAACUUUGUGCCUUGCAAACUUGGUAUCUCAGCUCCAGGAAGUAUUCCAUGGUACAGUGGCAAUUUCCUUCAUGACA